CCUACGCAGCAAACAUUUUAAAUAGCUUCUGACUGACCUCCCGAACAAAGCUAUAGACAAAACAGACACCGCUAUAUGUGCAGUUUUCCAACCCAAAAUGAUUUAAUACUUUCCCAUACAUUCUCUGAACUGUGACCAAUCGCUCUAGUGAAAGUGUAAAUCUUUUGUAGGUCAGAAAGGUUCAAUGAUUAGUUGUGACUGCGUGUCCCGGUACCCCUGCCUUGGCCCAUACACGGGAAACUUACUCAACUGAACAAUAUGGGUGUGUUGAAGGUCGUUUAUAGAUCAAGGCUGCGGUGAAAGCCUCAGCCUCCAUUCUACCUGCACACUCAGACUACAACUUUAAGGGUUUGGAGUUCAGAUUAUGAACCGUCGUCUUCAAGGCUGAGUGAAGCUGGGGAGCUAUAAUAACCAUGGCAUCUAGCAUCACCAAGAAACUGGUGGCUUUGUCAGGCAGAUGUAACAUACCUCAAAAGAUAAGAGUGUUUUCAACAUCAAGAUCAUCUUUCUCAUCAUCGGACUAUCUUCAAACCAUCAGUCAUGUUCCCACAAUGCAUUUCCAACCAGCCAUUCCACAGCUACCCAUCCCAACACUACAAGACACCUGUCAACGUUACCUAGCAACCAAAUAUGCUUUUCUCAGCCUGGAGGAAUACAAGAAGACGGAAAUCGUGAUUAAUGAGUUUGAGAGAGGAGAGGGUCGGGAGCUAAACAAAGCAUUGGUGGAGCAGAACAAGAAAGACACACACACAAGCUACAUUACAGGUCCGUGGAUGGACACAUACCUAACGUCCAGAGAUUCAAUUCUCACCACAAAUAUUGCAGUGUUACUGAGUGAUGACUCCAGGCCAGCUUACAUGCACCAGAUACUUAGAGCAACAAAUAUCACCGUCUCGUUACUGAGGUUGUUGAAGAGUUUGAGGGAAGAAAAACUGGUACCUAGUGUCGUUCAUAAGAACCCAGCUCUGACUAACACUCAAGAAUUUUGGCGAUCUGUUGGGUCUAUGUCUGCACAUGAAGCCUACAGACACGCAUUAAAAAGCAACGUGUAUCCCUUAGAUAUGAGUCAAUUUCAACAUAUUUUCAAUGCAACGAGAAUUCCUAAACCAAUCAGAGAUGAGCUGUUUUGUGACGUGACCCAACGUCAUGUGCUGGUGAUGUGCAGGGGUCAUUUGUAUGUAGUUGACGUUCUAGAAGAAGAUGGGAGUAUUGUAUCUGGACAGAUCAUCCAAGCUCAUCUUCAGUUUAUCUUUGAUGAUUCUGCAUCCUCUCCACCGCAGGAUCAUCCUGUCGGUUUAUUGACCACACAGGACCGUGACACGUGGGCUCGUCUUCGGAAGCACAUUGUAGAAUUAUCUAAAGAUAACCAAGACAACAUGACGCUGAUAGAUUCAGCUCUGUUCUGCCUGUGUCUGGAGGAUGACUCAAAAAACGAUAACUUGGAAGGCUUACUCUGGAGGGGAACGUUUGGAAAUGCUGGCAAUAGGUGGUUGGAUAAAACAGUAAAGCUCAUUAUAACAAAAGCUGGACGCACACUUAUAAACUGCGACCAUUCGUCCCUGGAUGGAAUGACAAUGUCAAAAAUUGCAACCGAGGCCUUUCAAGAUUCCAUCAACCGCCCUGUUGUGUCACCAGAUGGCGCCAUACGCAACGCAGAUCACUCACAGACAGUCAGGAAGCUUGAGUUUAACUUCGAUACCGUUAUUCGCCAAGGGAUUGAGAAGGCCAAAGUUGAUCACAUACAAAACAACCAGCUAAACGUGCAGUCUUUGGACUACAAGAAAUAUGGCUCUACCUUCCUGAAAGAGUGUAGACUGAGCCCAGACGCCAUAGCACAACUGGCCAUGCAGAUAGCCUAUCAUCGAGUGAAUGGCAACAUACCAGUAACCUUUGAGUCUUGCAGUACAGCCCUCUACAAACAUGGUCGUAUAGAAUUGAUCUUUCCUGCCACAUCAGAGACCAAGAGGUGCGCUGAGGCAUUCAAUGGAAACACUUCAGUCAGUCUAGCAGAGAAAGUCAGUUUGCUUAAAGCAUGUUCUGAUAAACAUAGACAGCUCGCUGCAGAGGCAAAGGCUGGUCAGGGUUGUGAUUGCCAUGUCUAUGCGUUAGGAACAAUGGCAAUGAAAACUGGAAUGGCCAUCCCUAGUGCCAUCCAGGACUCUCCCUUUGCAGAUCCAGAAAUCACGCUGGCAUCAGGCACAACAGGGACAAAUAUUGGUAUUGAUGGUGCAGCAUAUCCCCCUGAGACAUGUAGUGGAAUAGGGGUGACAUAUUCCAUUGGGAAAGAAGACAUGCGAUGGGUCGGUACAAGCUACAAGACAUCACCAAGCCUGUCGGACUUUGUAGAAGGUAUCCAACAAGCAUUUGACGAGAUUCAUGAAGUCUUGGAAAAAGCCAGCAAAUGACGUUUUGAAAGUUGAUCACAUUGCGGUACACACACAAUAGUAAACUGCUAUAAUCACGAAAGUUAUUAAAAAAAUUCAUGAAUGGAAAUAUCAGUCUUAAAUACCUUGCACAAUCGGUAAAACAAUCUUCACCCUUGGAUGCGGGAAGUGUCAACUAAAGGUGGCACAUACGGCACAAUUUAAAGGACCCUAAUUGAAAUAUUAAAGCAUCGGCUUUUUGUCUAUUAAAGUCUCAGCUUUUUGGGGAAAUCCUUGGAUAAUUUUGUGCAGUAUUUCUUGUGUUCUUUUGUUUGUGUUUAUCUUAUUUCAUUGUCUUUUCUCAUUUUCCUAUGUAUGUAUACAUGUAUUUUUGACAUGUUCUUGCUGUAUUUUUAUCCGAAAAAAAUCGAUCCAUAAAUCAAUAAAAAUCACUAAUCAAGUCAUUAUUUUCAAAGUGAAAUUACCUUGGGAGUCAAAUUACUCGAUAUAAGAGCGUUCCACAUUAAAUAAGAGGGGAACUGGUCGCAGAUUGUUUAAUACAGGUAUUUUUCAAAAUAUAUAUUGGAUGAUGUGUAUGGUGGAGACUAGUGUUGGUACCGACACGGGAAGGAGACCCGGGGUGGAUUUCACAAAGAGUUAAGACUAGUCUUAUCUCGAGUUUGGCAGGUAACUCGUCCUAACUUUAAUAGGACUAGCCUUAAUUUUUUUUAAAUAUCUGCUAGGACUAGUCCUAACUCUUUGGGAAAUCGACGGCCGGUCCUCUUAUUAAUAAAGGACGAGCAAUAGCUAACAAUCAAUGAUAAGAUAAUGAAAAGCCAAUCAACGACGUCUGAAAUGAACAUUGUGAGCGCACUUGGAUUCUCUACAUAAUAUAAGAGCAAAAUGCAAUGUCCUUACUUAAAGGCAGUGGACACUAUUGGUAGUUACUCAAAAUAAUUAUUAGCAUAAAACCUUUCUUAGUGACA